AUGCCCGCGACGCCGUCAGCACGCCUCACGACGCCGACGACAAAGCUCGCAACGUAUGCCGACUUGUACAGAACGCCCGAGACUAUCUACGCCGUCACACCGAUGUGCUCGAUCCAGCAAGAGCGCAAGUCCGCGGCCGUCUCCUUGCCCCCGCAUCACGCCAGCUCAAGCCCCCAAUAUGGCACCCUCUGUAGAGGACACGACGACGCCACGCGCCGUUAUCACGACCUCGACAUGCAAGUGCGAUGGGGCGAUGGGAUACGACCCAUCCCGUCAAAUUCGCGCGACCCUCAAACUGCCGGAGGCCUGCGUGCGGAUACUAGGGUCCUCGAGCGGCGCUUGAUCCCCAAGCCAUGUCUUGGUCAGGUUCUCGGGGUCAUCGAGGUGAAGCGUCAUCAUGCGACGGAUGAACCGCCAGAGGCCUGCGCGCGGCCCUUGGGCGAUAGAGGCGAAGUUAAUGCUGUGGUGGACCCCCAAGACGUGGGGCAUGCUGCAAAAAUGUCGAUACGCAGCGCGGCGCGGCUGAACGCAAACGACGGCGUCAUGGUCCCCGAGCAACUUUACGCGACCCCCCAACCGCCGGAGGCAUGCGCGGGGUCACCCAAGAAACGCCGCCAGCGCGAGGGAACGAAGAAUUCAUGUUCCCGCACCCUCUGCGUGCCCGCCGUCGCGCUGAACCUCCACGCGAGCCCACCCCCACGCAUGCCGUCCCCACGAUCCACGGCGGGGGAAACUAUGCCGGUACGCGGCACGGAUGAUGAAGUCAGAUGUACCCAAGCCCUCACCCCUCCGCCCUCGUCGAGAAGGAGGAGAAUGAAGCGCCUCGCCCAUAGCAUCCCUCAAGAUAUCGAUAACGACGACCUUCAAGCGCGCUUACCUUGCGCUUCCAGCCGCCCAUGCAGAUCGGCAAAUAUGUGCUCCGUCAAGAGAUUCAGAAUUGACCUCUUCAGGCGCUCUCAAGCAGCAUUGGUGUCGAAGUGGGCGAGGGGAGACGACCCCGAAUGCGCUUCAACCUACGCUCCAACCUCAAGGACGACGUCUUGCAUUCUGAAGCAAGGAUACGAAGUUCCCGACACUCACCUCGUACCCUUCGGUAUCCCAGGUGUCAAUCCCGUCUUGGUGACACUGCCAAACGUUUGCGAUAUGCGCUCGGACGCGCCGGCGCGUUCUCAAAGCUUCUCGAGCGUGCGGGUGUCCCGCGUCUGCGCUCUUCUAUCGCAUGUCAACUCGUGCAAGGUGCGCGCGUGA